UACUUUUUGUCUCUACGUGGAGGAGGCAGGACCGCAAACUGGACGCUGUCUGGAAUUUCAGGCGUACCGACAUCCCACCUUUCUCUGACUGACCACCUCAGGUCAAUCACAGAAAAUGUCUGGAAAGAUAACAAAAGAGGAGAUGGAGGAAAUGAGGGAGAUCUUUGGGAAGAUUGAUCUCGACAGCGAUGGAUACGUCGUUGAUUAUGAACUCCAUGAGCUCCUCAAAGAGGCCGGCCAUGCCCUACCUGGAUACAUGGUCCGAGAGAUCAUCCAGAAACUCGAUCGCAACAAGGACAACAAGAUCAGCUUCGAAGAGUUUUUGUCUAUCGUCCAGGACCUGAGGGGCAGUGAAAUAGCAAAAACUUUCCGUAAGGCCAUCAACAGAAAAGAAGGCAUUCUGGCUAUUGGAGGGACGUCGGAGCUGUCAAGCGAAGGCACACAACACUCGUUCUCUGAGGAGGAGAGAUACGCCUUUGUAAACUGGAUCAACAGUGCUCUGGAAAAAGACCCUGACUGCCAACAUGUCCUGCCCAUGGAUCCCAACACAGACUCUCUGUUCACCUCUGUCGGAGACGGUAUAGUCCUCUGCAAAAUGAUCAACCUGUCAGUGCCGGACACCAUCGAUGAGAGGACCAUAAAUAAGAAGAAGCUGACACCGUUUACAAUACAGGAGAAUCUCAACCUGGCCCUGAACUCAGCUUCUGCCAUUGGCUGCCAUGUGGUGAACAUUGGUGCUUUAGACCUGAAGGAGGGGAAGCCCCACCUGGUGCUGGGCCUGCUGUGGCAGAUCAUCAAAAUUGGCCUGUUUGCUGACAUCGAGCUCAGCAGAAAUGAAGCACUGGCAGCAUUGCUGAGAGACGGAGAAACCCUGGAGGACCUGAUGAAGCUGUCUCCAGAAGAACUGCUCCUACGCUGGGCAAACUUUCAUCUGGAAAACGCUGGCUGGCAGAAGAUCAAUAACUUCAGCUCUGACAUCAAGGACUCCAGGGCCUAUUUCCACCUCCUGAAUCAGAUCUCUCCAAAAGGCACCGACGAGGACCAGCCACGUAUAGACAUUAACAUGGCAGGCUUCAGUGAGAAAGAUGACAUGAAGAGAGCAGAAGCCAUGCUGCAGCAGGCCGACAGACUCAGCUGUCGACAGUUUGUCACCGCAGCUGACGUCGUCAGUGGAAACCCCAAACUCAACCUUGCCUUUGUGGCCAAUCUGUUUAACAAAUAUCCAGCUCUGACCAAACCUGAGAAUGAAGACAUUGACUGGGGACUGUUGGAAGGUGAGACACGGGAAGAGAGGACGUUCAGAAACUGGAUGAACUCUCUGGGAGUGAACCCACAUGUCAAUCAUCUGUAUGGAGACCUGCAGGAUGCCAUGGUCAUCCUUCAGCUCUACGAGAGGAUUAAAGUGGCUGUUGACUGGAACAACAAGGUCAACAAGCCGCCUUACCCCAAACUGGGAACCAACAUGAAAAAGUUGGAGAAUUGCAACUAUGCAGUGGAACUGGGCAAAACAGCCAAGUUCUCCCUCGUUGGCAUCGGUGGGCAGGACCUGAACGAUGGCAACGCUACCCUGACUCUGGCACUGGUGUGGCAGCUAAUGAGAAGAUAUACGUUGAAUGUACUAGAGGAACUGGGUGAUGGACAGAAAGUAAAUGAUGACAUCAUUGUAAAGUGGGUCAAUGAAACAUUGGCAGAGGCUGGAAAAUCAACCAAGAUUUCAAGCUUUAAGGACAAGGAGAUCAGCAGCAGCUUGGCAGUAUUGGAACUGAUCGACGCCAUCCAGCCUGGCAGCAUCAAUUACGAACUGAUAAAGACAGGCAGUCUCUCUGAAGACGACAAGCUGGAGAACGCCAAAUACGCCGUCUCUAUGGCAAGGAAGAUCGGAGCUCGCGUCUACGCUCUCCCAGAAGACCUGGUGGAGGUCAAGCCCAAGAUGGUGAUGACAGUCUUUGCCUGCUUGAUGGGUCGGGGGAUGAAGCGAGCUUAAGAGACUGUCUGCGAUCAUUGUGGCACUUACUAUACUCGUUCCCACAAGCCAUUAGUCUUUUGAAAGAGUCCCUCCCCCCUUUCCAACUGAAGGAAUGAAGAAUGGUUCUUUUGAAUGAGAAUUACAUGAAGUCAAAAUCAGAAAUUUGCAUGAACCCGCAACUCUUUUUGGUUAAUGGAGGUGUUUACUGAAAAAUCACGUGCUGUCCUCUUUAUUUAAAGUGAGCCCAACCUACUAAAGAUCAGAAGAGCUGGGCCUCAUGUUACAGGACAACUUGUUACUUUUGAUAUGCAGAAGUCUCAACUAAUGUAUAAGAAUGCUGUUUUUUUAAAAGCAAGAAUGCAUAUUUCCAGCUGCAAGGUUGUUUACAUAUUUUUACUCAGACUGAUAAGUAAAUUAUAUCCUCGACUAAGCAACACACAUUCCUAAAUACCAUACUUAUAAAUAAAUGCUUGACAAGGCAAAAAAAAAAAAAAAAAAAAUCGGGCAAUGAGAGGCAGGAUGUUUAGGUGGAGCACACGUCAAACAAACACCAAAACAUUCCCUCUCACUGAAUGAAGUACAAGCAUGUCUUAAUAACUGGCACCAUAAACUUCUACAUAUCUGUAUACAGAAGCCAUGAGGUCAAAUUAUACUAAUGACCAGCCUGUAUGUGCUGUCUGUAUUCUUGUAUUCGUCAUUUGUUUUGUUUCUUGGGAUUAUUACGUGAGGUAAAAUGCUGUUUUUUUGGGGGGGGUGUCUAGUCUUUGUCGUAUUGGGCUUCUUGUUUUUUGUCUGUUACGUUGGAUGAGGAGCAGGCGGACUGGACUCUCCUGGCUUCUGCUGUGCCUUCUUGUCUCAAAGACGACCUAUACUCGUACUUUGAGGUUUUUCCUUUUUUUUUUUUUUUUUUGUUUUUCCUUUUCUUUUUUUUUGUAUUCAACAUUACCAAAUAUAAACAGUAACUUCAUUCCAGGUAGCUUCAUGAUACUCUACGACAGUGGCCGGAUUGUAUUUGGUCUCAUGUUCAUGGUUAUUCUUUAAGCGCUUCACAUGUAACAAUAAAUAUGACUUUAA